GUGCGGAAGCGGAAGAGGCUGCGGGGCCGGGAAGCCUCUCUCCGGUCUAGCCGGGUCCCCGGGACCGGCCGCCCGCCGUGAUGCCGAGCCCCCGGAGGACCAUCGAGGGACGGCCGCUGGGCGCCUCGGGCGGGAGCAGCGUCCCUGGCAGCCCGGCUCACGGCGGCGGCGGCGGUGGCGGCAGCGGCAGGUUCGAGUUCCAGUCGCUGCUAUGCGGCCGUGCGGGCGCCGAUCCUGCCUGCGCCCGGCUGCGCGCGUCCGACAGCCCGGUGCACCGGCGCGGCUCCUUCCCGCUGACUGCCGCGGCCCCCGCGCAAGCAACCCCGGCCCCGCCGCCGGAGGACGACCGCAUGAACCUGAACCCGUCCUUCCUGGGCAUCGCCCUGCGCUCCCUGCUGGCCAUCGACCUGUGGCUGUCCAAGAAGCUGGGGGUGUGUGCCGGGGAGAGCUCGGCCUGGGGUAGCGUGCGGCCCCUGAUGAAGCUGCUCGAGAUCUCGGGGCACGGCAUCCCCUGGCUGCUGGGCACCCUCUACUGCCUGCUUAGGAGCGACAGCUGGGCCGGGCGCGAAGUGCUGAUGAACCUGAUCUUUGCCCUGCUGUUGGACCUGCUGCUGGUGGCUGUCAUUAAAGGGCUGGUCCGCAGGCGCCGACCAGCGCACAAUCAGAUGGACAUGUUUUUCACCCUCUCGGUGGACAAGUACUCCUUUCCCUCGGGCCAUGCCACGAGGGCCGCCCUGGUGUCGCGGUUCAUCCUGAACCACCUGGUGCUGGCUAUUCCACUGAGGGUGUUGGUGGUGCUGUGGGCCUUCGUCUUAGGUCUCUCCAGGAUCAUGCUUGGGCGGCACAACGUCACCGAUGUGGCUUUUGGCUUUUUUCUGGGCUACAUGCAGUACAGCAUUGUGGAUUAUUGCUGGCUGUCACCCCACACUGUUCCGCUUCUUUUUGUACUGUGGAAUCAACAGUGACACCAUCUCACUGAUUGUUGGCACCAGAAGGUCUGCAGGUUUCCACCUUCGAGGAUU